CGUAGCUUCACCCCGCCCCUGGCGGUUCUGCGCACGCGCGGGGGCCAUAUUCGCCGUGGGUGCUUGACCAGCCGGGUUUCUUCUUGCCCGGCAGCGUAAAGCGAUCGGGGCAGGUCUCCAUCCUCCAGUAUCUUCUGUCGGGAAUUUUUUAACGUUCAGAAGCCAUGUCUCGAAGAUAUGACUCCAGGACCACUAUUUUUUCUCCAGAAGGUCGCUUAUACCAAGUUGAAUAUGCUAUGGAAGCCAUUGGACAUGCAGGCACCUGUCUGGGCAUUUUAGCCAAUGAUGGUGUUUUGCUUGCAGCAGAGAGGCGCAACAUCCACAAACUUCUAGAUGAAGUCUUUUUUUCUGAAAAAAUCUAUAAACUUAAUGAGGACAUGGCUUGCAGUGUGGCUGGCAUAACUUCUGAUGCUAAUGUUCUGACUAAUGAACUGAGGCUAAUUGCGCAAAGGUAUUUAUUACAGUAUCAGGAGCCAAUUCCUUGUGAACAGUUGGUUACAGCACUGUGUGAUAUCAAACAGGCUUAUACACAAUUUGGAGGAAAGCGCCCCUUUGGUGUUUCGUUGCUGUACAUCGGCUGGGAUAAGCACUAUGGCUUUCAGCUCUAUCAGAGUGACCCUAGCGGAAAUUAUGGGGGAUGGAAAGCCACAUGCAUUGGAAACAAUAGUGCUGCAGCUGUGUCAAUGUUGAAACAAGACUAUAAAGAAGGAGAAAUGACUCUGAAGUCAGCACUUGCUCUAGCAAUUAAAGUGCUAAAUAAGACAAUGGAUGUUAGUAAACUGUCUGCUGAAAAAGUGGAAAUUGCCACACUGACAAGAGAGAGUGGAAAGACGGUUAUCAGAGUUCUCAAACAAAAGGAAGUGGAGCAGUUGAUCAAAAAACACGAGGAAGAAGAAGCUAAAGCUGAGCGUGAGAAGAAAGAAAAAGAACAGAAAGAAAAGGACAAAUAGAAGACAGUCACGCACUCAGUAGCCCAUGUUUACCUUUUCAUUGUAGGGGCUGUCCUGACCUUCCACCCUGGAAAGUUUGUGUUGUUUAUUUGGUUCUUUAACUUGGGCAUUGGGGAAAUAGGACAUCGAGUACUGAAUUGGGCCCUUGUCAUAUCUGUCCAGUUGGAUACUUCAUUAUAAUGAUGAUGAUUACUCUUUAUGGACAUCUUAAUCUCAACAUACUUUUUUGAGUUUUUUGGAAUAAAAUUUGGAAAGAAUGGUUA